AUGGCUUCUGUGCCUCCCGUCUCCCCCCCCAACUCUCUUCGUUUCUCUGAAGCUCGUCGACAGGAGAUGGAGGAGUUUCGGGGCAUCUUGACUCAUCCUUCCAACAUCUUCAUUCAGGUCAUAGCGGAUGUCUUCAAGCUCCCCAAGGCGAAGCGCUGCUGGACCGGAAGCUUCUUCCUCCCUCCUUCUCCUCACCCCUACACCGUCUCCUCCCCGCGCGUCAUCAGUCACUCCCGCUGCUUCCACUCCCCCGCUGUCUCCUCUCCUCCUGGAUCUCUCGUCCUUGUCUCUCUCGGCGCCAUUGAGUCCUCCUACCUCUACGCAGCCAGCAAGGGGCUGCCAGGCUUCCAGCACCCGGACACAGCUCCCUUCCUCGUUACCGUCGAGCUCCUCUGCUCCAUCGAGGGCCCCAUGUGGAAGCUCAUCAGAGGCCUCGGCCUCGCAUACAGUUUCUCCAUCUUCGGGGAUGCGGAUGAAGGCCUCGUGUACUUCUCCCUCUCCCGCUCCACCUCCCCUGCUCGGGCCUUCAGCGAGUCCAAGAAGCUAGUCUCAAGCUUUGCCUCCUCCUCCACCAAGAUCGACGCGGUAGCGCUUCAGAACGCCAAGGCCUCUGUCAUUUCAGCUGUGGUCUCCCGCGAGCAGACGCCCAGCUCGACAGGCUUGCAAGCGAUCAUGAGCGCCCUGAGAGGGACAGGGCAUGGGCACAACGCGAGGCUGCUGGAGGCAGUGGCGGCUGUGAAGGAGGAGGACUGUAUGCGAGUCCUCAACACCUAUCUGCUCAACUUGUUCGAUCCCAAGGCCAGCAACAUGUGCGUCACAACCAGCCCCUCCAAGCUACAUGAGAUCUGCAGCAGCUUCGAGGAUAUGGGAUGGAGGGUAGAGCAGCACGAGGGGCUCGAGACACUUGUUCAAGACUGA